AUGAAUGACAACUAUAAACCGCAAGAUAACCUGAUAGAUAAGAUCGAUCCAUACUUCCUCUCUGAAGAUAAUUCCUUCUCUGACUGGAAUAAAUGGAGUUUGGUAUCCUUCUUAGAUGCGAUUUUAAAGUCAGACGCGCCAGUGACUAUGAAGGAAGUGAUCAAGGAUCUUAAGAUGAGUGUCGAUUUGUUAUGGAUGAAAGUUAAAACGGAUGAGGAAAUUGCUGUUGCAGAGGCUGAAUAUCAGCGCAAACAAGCAUUUCUUGAACUAAAGAAUAGGGUAAUUGAGAGUCAUGAAAAAGAAGUGAAGGAUGUGAAUGUAAUUAUAAUCGCUGAUAUGGUGGUUUGA